UCUUCAUGAGAGCACCAAAAUUCCUAAUUUUACGAAAAGAAAAUUUGUGUGAGGACGGAAGUUAACAUCAAACAUCCCAUCUUUAGAUGUCUUUGAAAUCAAUUAACUGAAAGUGACUGACUUGGUUGGCAUGCAAAAACUACAUUUUAAGGGAAACUCUGUCUUGGUUUUUCUUUUCAUGCUAGCUUCUCAGCAAACCUUUUGGUUCUGACUUAGUCUCAUUUCUUGCUAAUAUUAUAGGGGGUCUUACUUUGGCUUCUCAAUCUUACUUCUUUUAAAUUGAAACCCUUUCAAAAGUGUUUCGGAUUUUCCAUCAGUCUCUUCUUGGGUUUUGUUUGUGUGAAUUCUCAUUGUCUUCAAUGGCUUCUUCGUCUACGGCCUCACCAUUCUGUACAUGGCUACUUGCUGCUUGCAUAUCUUCUCCAUAUGAGAAAGACCACCCUAUGAGGUCCUCUAUAUUUCAGUCUCCGAAGAGACUGAGUCAGUGGGCCAGAAGAAAGAAGCUCAUUUCGAAAUGCAGCUAUGUUGGUGGGGCAGAUUUUGCUAGCAAUUUGAGUUCCUCAUUCUCUGUAUCUGGCAUUCAUCACUUGAUGAGUUCUUUCCUGGCUUUUGAGCCCUGCUAUGAUUCUAAAGUGCUGUAUGAAUCUUUGGCUUUCUUUGGGUCAAAGAGGUCAAGGACUAGAAGGCAAAGGCAAAUGAAUGGUGCUGUUCACUCUGGCAUAACUAUGGCUGUGCCUGUGCAAAGAGCAGAACAAGGCACAACAAAGAAAAAACCUCUAACGAAACAAAGGCAGGUUGUUGUGACAGGAUUGGGUGUGGUAACCCCUCUUGGACAUGAUCCAGAUGUCUUCUACAAUAGUCUUCUUGAAGGUGUCAGUGGCAUAAGUGAGAUAGGGGCUUUUGACUGUGCUCGAUUUCCUACGAAAAUUGCUGGAGAAAUAAAGUCUUUCUCAACAGAUGGAUGGGUCUCGCCAAAGCUUUCUAAGAAGGCAGACAAAUUUAUGCUUUACUUGAUCAGUGCAGGAAAAAAAGCAUUGGCAGAUGGUGGGAUUACAGAAGAAGUUAUGGACAAUUUAGAUAAAAGAAGAUGCGGGGUCAUAAUUGGCUCUGCACUGGGAGGAAUGAAAGUUUUUAAUGAUGCAAUAGAAGCAUUGAGGAUUUCGUACAAGAAGAUGAACCCCUUCUGUAUACCUUUCGCAACAACUAACAUGGGUUCAGCUAUACUAGCAAUGGAUUUGGGUUGGAUGGGCCCGAACUACUCAAUAUCUACAGCUUGUGCCACCAGCAACUUUUGUAUACUGAAUGCUGCAUAUCAUAUUAUGAGAGGUGAAACUGACAUGAUGCUUUGUGGUGGAUCUGAAGCAGCAAUUAUCCCCAUAGGCUUGGGAGGUUUUUCAGCAUGCAAGGUUCUGUCGCAAAGGAAUAGUGAACCAACUAAAGCUUCAUGCCCUUGGGAUAUUAAUCGUGAUGGUUUUGUUAUUGGAGAAGGAGCUGGGGUUUUGCUCUUGGAAGAGCUAGAACAUGCUAAGAAAAGAGGUGCAAAUAUAUAUGCUGAGUUUCUAGGUGGAAGCUUCACUUGUGAUGCAUAUCACAUGACUGAGCCUCAUCCUGAUGGAACAGGUGUUGCUCUUUGCAUAGAGAAAGCCUUGGAUCAAUCUGGGGUCUGCAGAGAAGAUGUGAAUUACAUAAAUGCAUAUGCUGCAUCGACACCAACAGGUGAUCUGAAAGAAUAUCGAGCUAUAAUCCGCUGUUUUGGAAAGAAUCCAGAGCUAAGAGUGAACUCCACAAAAUCCAUGAUUGGUCACCUUCUAGGAGCCUCAGGUGCUGUGGAAGCUGUUGCAACAAUCAAGGCUAUACAGACAGGAUGCAUCCAUCCAAACAUCAAUCUUGAGAACCCAGAUGAAAGUGUGGAUAUGAAUGUGCUUGUUGGCCCCAAGAAGGAAAAAUUGGACAUAAAAGUUGCAAUGUCUAACGCACUCGGAUUUGGUGGACACAACUCUUCUAUCUUAUUUGCACCCUACAAAUGAAAUUAAUAAAUUUGUACAGAUCUCAAACUUGGAAACUUCACCCCAUGAUUAUACAACAAGAUAUUGAUGAGUAACUAGACUAGCUGCACUUCCCAGUUCACCAAACUCCUUGCACUCCCAUUUUUAUUUAUUUUAAUUUUAGAAUAAUAUCCUUGUACUUCCUUUGCUUUUAGAAAAAGCUUGUUGGUUCUUAUCAGAAUAAAAAAAAAUGCGAAUGAUGAUAAAUUUGUAUAGACCUCAUAUUUUAAGAGAAUGAAUCCAUGCAGCAGAGCAAGCUGAUCUCAUUUUGGCUUAUAAAUUGGCAGAGAUUUUCUAUUUAAACCUCACACUUCUCUUAGUUCACCCCAACUUUUAAUUUAAAUUUUCACAAUUUCUAAGAAAACCCUACUAUCUUCCCAAACUACCCUUAAAUA